UCUGAGAUACUCACCCCAAUACUCACCAGUGGCUUCUGCCAAGUUGCUCACUCCAAUAAUGUCAGGGUGUAAUCCUCACCACCAAGGAGGAUUUCAGGUGCAAAGUAAACCUUAACCUGAAACACUGACCUGUCCAACACAUCACACUGUGACGAGAAGAGGAGAGAGCAAGUUUAUUCAAGACACCGACAGGCCAGAGCUGUACAUUAGUGCUCAUAUUCUAAUUAAUAGAAGGCAAACAGGUAAAAUAGUAGGAAAAUAUAUGUUGGAUGCCAUUCAAUUGGAUUUAAUUUGCUGGCCUCAAGCUCUGAUUUAAUUUGCUGCUUUAAAACAAGUUGUUUGCCUCUACGAGCUAAGUUGCAGUGUACAUCUGUGUCGGUUCAAGAAAUUUACCAGACAAAGGUGUAGCCAUGGACAUCGGUGGCUUGGAGACUGUAGUGGCAAACUCUGCCUAUGUGUCAGCCCGUGGCAGCAUGGAUGGAGCUUCAGCAGCUGCACUGCGUGACAAAAAGAUGCGUGCCAGACUGAAACUCCCACAUAUCAGAAAUUGUGAACACAUGAAAGCAACACUAGACACCACCUUUGACAGCAUGUGUGUCAAGCAACCCAUCGGCAAGCGUCUCUUCCAGCAAUAUCUGGAGAGUGAUGCAACCCAUAAAAAUGCUGGAGAGCUGUGGAAAGACAUUGAAGAAUAUAUCGUGUGCCAAGAGAAGGACAGACUGCAGAAGGCUCAAAAGAUAGUCAAUAAAUACUAUCAAUCAGCUUCAAAGAAUUUUUGCACUUUCCUAGAGGAGAAGGCCAUCAUUCGAGUUAAAGAAGACCUCAAGAAUGUCCGUGGUGACUUAUUUAAGGAGAGUGAACAACAGCUGCUCAAGCACUUGGAAAAAGUGGCUGUAGAUGGCUUUAAGAACAGCAUGUACUUCCUGCGUUUUGCUCAAUUCAAAUGGAUGGAGAGCCAGCCGUUUGAUGAAGAGUGGUUUAUGGACUUCCGGGUACUGGGUAAAGGAGGUUUUGGCGAAGUGUUUGCUUGUCAGGCAAAGGCAACAGGCAAAAUGUAUGCCAACAAGAAGCUAGACAAAAAGAGGCUGAAGAAACGCAAAGGCUAUGAGGGAGCAAUUGUGGAGAAGCGCAUCCUUGCAAAAGUUCACAGUCGGUUCAUUGUGACGCUGGCUUAUGCCUUCCAGACCAAGACAGACCUUUGCCUGGUUAUGACCAUCAUGAAUGGUGGUGAUUUAAGGUUUCACAUGUACAACGUCGACGAAAAAAAUCCUGGUUUUGAUGAGAAGAGAGCAUGUUUCUAUACAGCUCAGAUCAUCUGUGGGCUGGAACACCUUCAUCAGCACAGAAUCGUAUACAGAGAUCUGAAGCCAGAAAAUGUACUUCUUGAUGAUGCAGGACAUGUCCGCCUGUCAGAUUUGGGUCUGGCUGUUGAACUUCCACCAGGAAAAGAUACAACUUCUGGAUAUGCUGGGACUCCAGGUUUCAUGGCACCAGAGCUGCUUCAGAAGAAGCAGUAUGAUUACUCUGUGGACUACUUUACUCUGGGAGUCACGGUGUAUGAGAUGAUUGCUGCCAAAGGACCUUUUAGAGUACGAGGAGAAAAGGUUGAGAAUGAAGAGGUAACUCGCAGAAUUCUAAAUGAUCCAGUUUCUUACACACCAAAAUUCAGCAAAGAAUGCAAGGACAUCUGCGAGGGCCUGAUGGAGAAGGACCCGACUAAACGACUGGGCUUCAAAAAUAACGAGUGCGCAGAGCUCAAGAAUCAGCCAUUUUUCAAAAACAUUAACUGGGGACGUCUAGAAGCAGGAAUGGUACCGCCUCCAUUUGUCCCCGAUCCUAAAAUGGUCUAUGCCAAAAAUAUUGAUGAUGUGGGUGCCUUCAGCACAAUCAAAGGUGUGGUCCUGGAUGACAAGGACGCCGAGUUCUACAAUGACUUUGCGUCUGGCAACGUCCCAGUACCCUGGCAGGAGGAAAUGAUUGAGACAGGUGUGUUUGGAGAGCUGAAUAUCUGGGGAGAGAAGGGGAAGUUGCCCAAUGACCUUGACCCUAAUUAUGUGGAAGCCAAAGGGGGGGGAUGUGUGCUGCUUUGAAUUUAGAUGGAAGCGAAACAGAUAUACUUCUAAUUUUUAAGAUCAGUAAUUUGUACAACAAUCUGUUAUUGAUGUAUUUAAUUUAUAUUAUAUUGUUAUUAUUUAUGUAGAAUUUGCAUGCAAAUAUUUUAUCUACUUAUAAUGUAAUAUCUAUAGUAUUUAUAGAAUAUAUAGAAAAGUACAGCAUGGUGAAAUAACACAGCUGAAAUAUAAUGUUGUCAAAACAUAUGUAUGUUGCACUAAUUGCAUUGGUAAGAUUUUUAUGCAGUAAUUAUAGAAAAGCUAACUGUAUAGAAAUCACAUGCAGUGUAAUCUGUAUUGACACUGUAGUAAUAUGUUUUUAUUCUUUAUGUAUUUAUUAUUAAGAAACAGGAUUUAAGUAAUUAUUACAGGAAACAUUUUAGAUGGAAGAGUUAAAAGCAAUCAAUAAAACCUUCGGAAGGGAAAAUGUUGGUUCUUUUCAUUUGUAACUUUCUGGCCUGCAUUUGAAUUUAUAUGAAUAUAUAUGGUGACAAUGACAGUAAAUAUAGCAAAUGUCCAGCUUGUGCUUAUGACAAAAUGGGGAAGAGCCAAAAAAAUUACUUUAUUUGCCAAUGUGAAUGGGACACCAAAUCUUCCAUCCAUCAGUGUCUUUGGACUGUGGGAGGGAAGCCGGAGCAUCCAGAGUGAACCCAUCUAGUCAGAGGUAGAAGUUGCAAACUCCACAUAGAAUGGCCCCAGCCUACAAUCAAACCCAGGACCUUCCUUCUCUAGGUUACAGUGUUAACCAACACAACAGUACUGCCCGAGACCAAAUCAGCAGAUUAAAUUUCAUUACACGUUUACCAGCUGCAGCAAAACUGUGUUGACAUUUCACUGAUUAUUUACUGGCUUCUCCAAAGUGGGCUUGUUCUUACUGAGAAAAAGAAAGACAAGGAUUUUCUAGAAUAGUUGAAAAAAAUGAAUGACUCACUGUCGGUCAGGACAGUGUGUUACUGUCUUGAGUGGAACACGUUUCUUACUGAUGCUGACCUUAAUUACACCAUUCAGCGUAAUUAUUGAAAUAAAUUAUUAACCAUCUGAUAAUGAUGAAAAUCAUGAUACAAAUUUGAUGACUUGUUCCCCGAACAAACCUGCAAUAAAUCUGUUUUCUUUUUGAUGUUUUAACCAAACCCUACAUCAACAGAUUAUCAAUUAUUUUAUCUACAUUUCUGAAACUCGAAUGAUUUUUUCUGUUGCAUUUACCUUGAUUAACGCAGGAUAAGAAUAAUUGAUUUUCCUUCAAAUGAAAAUCCAUGCUUAUCCAACCAGUUAACCAAACUCGCAUGUUUUUGGUCAAGAGGACACCGAAGAAGAUGAAGAAGAAAAAAAACAAAACACAAAACACAGAGAGAACAUGCAAAUGCUAACAGUUAAUGCAGCUUACCAUUUAGUGAGGACAAGUAACUAUCAAAAAUGCAAAAAAAACAAUUGUUUGUGAACAAUUCAAUAUAAAAGACAAAGACCAGAAGUACUGAGAGAGUGCAGAUCUCCACCAGAGCCGCUCAUUGUCUGGGCAGUACUUUUUAGGCAAUAGUACUGUAUUUGUAUCUUAGUUUUUCUUUGUUCUUUAUAAACUCUUUCACUAUGUUACAUUAAAAUUUCACAAAUGGAACAUUCUAUUCUUUUGUACAACAUUGAAAACUAUGUUAUUGAGAAGGUAUAAAUUAAAAACCACUGCCAUAACUUU